CCACCGCCACGGCUCAGUACGGUGAGUUCGUCAGCCAUAUUGAGUGUGUUCACCUCUUCUCCGGUCGUGGGAGCGUCCACGCCGCAGUCUGCAUCAUCACUGCGGGCACCGGGAGGCGAAGCGCUCUAUUUUUACUCCCCGUGGACUUAUAAAGAGACGCCGCCGGCUGGAGGGGAGCAGCCGGACACGUCCUGAGCGCAGGCAGGCGUCACAGAGGCGCUGGUGGCCCGGAGGCAGGCAGGAAGACAGAGGACGACUUCUUUCUUUCUUCUCAUCAGAAGGGGACGGCCGGAAAGAGUGGAAUUAUGCCGAAACCGAUAAAUGUCCGUGUCACCACCAUGGACGCAGAGCUGGAGUUUGCCAUCCAGCUUAACACAACAGGCAAACAACUCUUUGACCAGGUGGUGAAAACGGUAGGACUGAGGGAGGUGUGGUUCUUUGGCCUGCAGUACACAGACAGUAAAGGCUACAUCACAUGGCUCAAACUCAACAAGAAGGUGACCCAGCAGGAUGUGAAAAAGGAGAAUCCGCUGCAGUUCAAAUUCAGAGCAAAGUUCUUUCCAGAGGAUGUUUCUGAGGAACUUAUCCAGGAGAUCACACAGAAGCUGUUCUUCUUGCAGGUGAAGGAGGCCAUCUUGAAUGAUGACAAUUACUGUCCUCCAGAGACGGCCGUGCUGCUGGCUUCCUACGCUGUCCAAGCCAAAUACGGAGACUACAGCAAAGAAGUUCAUAAACCUGGUUACCUGGCCUCUGACCGUCUACUGCCUCAGAGAGUUCUGGAGCAGCACAAGAUGACAAAGGAGCAAUGGGAAGAUAGAAUUCAGACCUGGCAUGAGGAACACAGAGGGAUGCUUAGGGAGGAUGCAAUGAUGGAGUAUCUGAAGAUUGCUCAGGACCUGGAGAUGUAUGGCGUCAACUACUUUGAGAUAAAAAACAAAAAGGGCACAGAGCUGUGGCUGGGGGUCGAUGCCUUGGGCCUCAACAUCUACGAGCACGGCGACAAGUUAACACCAAAGAUUGGCUUCCCCUGGAGUGAAAUCAGAAAUAUUUCUUUCAAUGACAAGAAGUUUGUCAUCAAACCCAUUGACAAGAAAGCUCCAGACUUUGUGUUCUACGCCCCACGAUUGCGGAUCAACAAGCGCAUCCUGGCUCUGUGUAUGGGAAACCAUGAGCUGUACAUGAGGAGGAGGAAGCCUGACACCAUUGAGGUGCAGCAGAUGAAGGCUCAGGCCAGGGAGGAGAAGCACCACAAACAGAUGGAGAGGGCACAGCUGGAAAAUGAAAAGAAGAAGCGCGAGCAUGCAGAGAAGGAGAAGGAACGGAUAGAACGAGAGAAGGACGAGCUGAUUGAAAGGCUGAAGCAGAUUGAAGAGCAGACUCAGAGGGCACAGAGAGAGCUGGAGGAGCAGACCCGUCGGGCUCUGGAGUUGGACCAGGAGAGGAAGCGGGCGAAGGAGGAGGCGGAGCGUCUGGAAAGAGAGCGGCAGGCAGCAGAGGAGGCCAAGGCAGCGCUCGCUCAGCAGGCUGCUGAUCAGAUGAAGAACCAGGAACAACUGGCAGCUGAGUUAGCAGAGUUCACUGCCAGAAUCUCUUUACUGGAGGACGCCAAGAGGAAAAAAGAGGAAGAAGCAGUAGAAUGGCAACACAAAGCUCUGUCAGCACAGGAGGACCUGGAGAAGACCCGGGAGGAGCUGAAGACGGUCAUGGUGUCUCCGCCAGCAGCGGAGCACGAUGAGGAGGACGAGACCAACGCUGAGGCAAGCGCCGAGCUGCUCAGCGACGGCGUCACCAGCCACCGCAGCGAAGAGGAGCGCAUCACUGAGACGCAGAAGAAUGAGCGCGUUAAGAAGCAGCUGCAGGCGCUGAGUUCGGAGUUGGCUCAAGCCCGCGAUGACACCAAGAACACGCAGAACGACAUGCUGCACGCCGAGAACGUCAAGGCAGGCAGAGACAAAUACAAAACGCUGCGCCAGAUCCGUCAGGGCAACACCAAGCAGCGUAUCGACGAGUUUGAGUCCAUGUGAGCCGGGCUGCAGAUACAAGCAUGGACAGACGGUCUUGUUGCCAUGUCAACGCCUCGCUUUCCUUGCAAAGCACAAAACCUGCGACAGAUACUUUUGUUUUUUGUCCCGGGAGAAAGACAGGGUUUGUACUGUAGCUUCAGCCUCGCCAAAGCUCUACCUAGCAGCCAUUGGCCAAUCAUGAUGCUCCUCACCUUUAGAGCCCCGCCCCAUGCAUUGAAAGCACACACACCUUUUGAGCUGUCAGGAAAAAUAAACAUAUUUUAUGAAACACGAGCUGCUCUCGUGUAGAAAAAUGGAAGCUUUUAGCUCUUGCAUGUAUAAUAAUUAAACGGAGGAACAGAGCAGACUGCGAACAGAAACUAAGUGACGUGAUUUUAUUUAACAAGAUUAAAAGCCAUUUGUAGCUUUUUGAUGUUACUGGCACGCUCAUCUGUAAAGCUUUAAAUUACUUUGACUCUUUCUUUUGUCGUUAGAUAAGUUGAAAUAAUUUUUAUUAAAAAAUGCCUUAUUUGUCUCAUU